AUGUAUGUCUCCUCCAAUGGGCAGCAGCCGGGCUCGCAGCGGCAAGUUGGAGAGAAGGCAUCGCUCAGAGACUGCAGGAAGUUGCCAAGUACUCACCGAGGUACAAGUGCAUUGCGAACAGCCAUCGCGAGAAAGAGGUCACUCGGCAUCCGACUAGCAGGAAUCAUCCCCGGCGAGGCACGGGACGAAGCUGUCGUUCACGAGACCAACCUACUAACUACAAUGGCUGGCUCUGAUGAGUCUCAACGCGUUCAACUGCCAGGUGUACUCGCCCGUCCCCAUCUACUUGACAAACGACCACAUACUACGAGAAUACUUGCGUCUAAGCUACAGAGAUCAACGGUCAACUGGAUGAAAUGCAGAUGGAAGACACCCGUGACUUGGUGCCCCGCCAAUGACCUACCUGUAGUCAAGGAAGCAGUCUCACUGUUUAACUAUCGAGGCCGCGGGCAAGCGAAUAUUCGGAAAACGGGGGCCCAUCAUGUACUUAGUCAACUGCGGGCAAGCAACUGGGCUGAUGGGUGGAGACCAGAGUACCGACCUUUGCCCGUGUUCUCCAUGCAUUAUGGAAGUCUCUUCUCAGACGGACUAAGAAGCUGUGCUUUCCCUCCUUGGCUCGACGGGUACGUACCCACUUCGUACAGACUGAGGUGCACUUUGAAAGCUGAGCGUCUCUCCGUAGCGCAACGACACUUCCUGAGCUCGUCUAGUCUUUGUCUCUGGGACAACCUCAACUUCCUUCCUGCUACACAUACCACCCUGAACUCUUACAUUUUCCCAUCUGGUCCUGAACAGCUCCUUCCUCCUUUCAACCAACCUGCCCCAACCCACCAUCACUCGGGUCUAGCCAUCUCAACCUACCAAUCACCAUUCACUUUCCAUCACCACCCAGUCGUCGCCAUCUUGUUCACCUUUACAACCGCCUCGCCAAACGACUGUCCUCAAACUCUACCAGACAACACGUCCAUCUAG